AUGCCUAUGGCUAGUCAGGACCGCGCAGCGGUCCUGGACAGCCAGCGUUCCUGGACAGCCAGCGUUCCUGGACAGCCAGCGUUCCUGGACAGCCAGCGUUCCUGGACAGCCAGCGUUCCUGGACAGCCAGCGUUCCUGGACAGCCAGCGUUCCUGGACAGCCAGCGUUCCUGGACAGCCAGCGUUCCUGGACAGCCAGCGUUCCUCAGCGGUCCAUAACGUGACUUUAAUCACGUUACCUUGUUUUCUCGGGGAUUUUGUCACAAAGUAUCACGGUGUGCGGUGA